ACUUGAAAUAUAUAAUAAUAUAGAAUUUUUCCUAUAAAAGAUCUGCAAUUAUUAUUUACAAUCAUCAGUUGACAUUCUCGUCUUCAAGUGUCCACUUUUAAAUAAUUUCAUUUCGUAGUUGUUUAAAAUAUUAAAAAAAAAUAAAAAAGAUGUCUUACAAAGUUGAACCUCUUCCCGACUCUCAUGCUGAAUUAGGCGAAGGUCCUCACUGGGAUGUUGCCACCCAAAAUUUGUACUUCGUUGACAUUAAUGCCGGCAAGUUGUUGCGUUACAACUACAAUGAAAAUAAAGUGUACAAGGCAAAGAUUGAAGGCGAGGAUUUAGCUGGUUUUGUGGUACCCGUCGAAGGCACUACCGAUCAAUUUGCUGUCGGUUCUGGUCGUCGUGUAGUCAUUGUACAAUGGGAUGGUGUCUCUGAGACUGCUAAGGUAUUGAAGACUUUGUUCGAAGUACAAAUGGGUGAAGAACGUUUCGAAGGCAACCGUUUCAAUGAUGGCAAAUGUGAUCCUCGUGGUCGUUUGUUUGCCGGUACUAUGCGUUAUGUCGGCGAUGAAUUCGAACAUCGUUGGGGUGAAUUGUACAAAUACGAAAAGGGUGGCAAGGUUGAGGUCGUCAAAUCGAAUGUAGGUAUUUCUAAUGGUUUGGCUUGGAAUGAGAAAACCAAAAAAUUCUAUUAUAUCGAUACCACCGAUUAUGAGGUUAAAGAAUACGAUUAUGAUUUUGAAACUGGCAAGGCCUCCAAUCCCAAAGUAGUUUUCAAUCUACGCAAAACCAGUCCCAAGGAUCAUUUAUUGCCCGAUGGCAUGACCAUUGAUACCGAGGGCAACAUUUAUGUAGCCACUUUCAAUGGUUAUACCAUCUAUAAAAUUAAUCCCACCACUGGCCAAGUUUUGUUGGAAAUAAAAUUCCCCUGCAAACAAAUCACCUCUGCUGCUUUUGGUGGUCCCAAUUUGGACGUUUUGUUUGUGACCUCCUCUUCUCGUUUUGGUGAACCCGAUCCUGCUGGCACCACCUACAAAGUUACAGGUUUGGGUGCUAAGGGUCAUCCUAUGACAAAAAUUCAAAUUUAAAUUGAGGUCACUUCAUUUAGGAUGUAGUUAAGCAUUAAUGUUUUAUUGUUAUAUAUUUCUAUAUAUAUUCGAUUUGUUUUAUCUGGCUUUGAUCUUCCGCUAAAACAGUGCAAUAAAAAGACAAUAUUUUUAUAAAAUUUAUAUAGAAAACACA